AUGACCUCCCUCAUUUUCUUUGCAGUAAAACGAUUUAAGGAACCAAAGGAAGAGAGACGUCCCUGGAGGAUAUGGUUUUAUGAUACCUCCAAGCAAGCAAUAGGUGCCCUCUUCAUCCACUUUGCCAAUGUUUUUCUGUCGGAUCUCACUGAAGAGGACCCCUGCUCUCUCUACCUGAUUAAUUUCAUCCUUGAUGCCACGCUGGGAAUGCUGCUGAUCUGGCUUGGUGUGAAAGUUGCCUCCUGGAUCGUGCAGCAUAAAAAGUACACAUACCUGGUCUUUGGAGAAUAUGGUGACCCUCCACAAGCUGCUGCCUGGAUUGGGCAAUGUAUCCUCUACUUGCUGAUAAUGGUUUUUGAGAAGACUGUCAUUAGCCUUGUCCUGCUUAUCCCUGGUUGGACGAAGCUUCAGCAGAUCCUCCUGGGUUACAUCCCAAACCCCCAGCUGGAGCUCAUCCUGGUCAUGCUUGUUGUGCCUUUUAUAGUCAAUGCCAUUAUGUUCUGGGUUGUGGACAGCUUGAUCAUGAGGAAAUACAAACAGAAGAACACUUUGGACAUCAGUGGAUCCAUAGAAUCUCCUCGGGAUAAGAGGACUGAGGAAUCUCAGGUAUUGCUCUCUCCAGACAUGGAUUUUGAUCAGUCUGAAAGCGACCAGGAUAUUUCAGGACUCCAGGGAAUGCACCAGAAGAUGAAGCAGUCCAGCUAUCAAGUGGUCAUCUGA